AUGGGGAGAUUGAGAGGUUCAGGGCCAGAGCAAGCAUGGUCAUUCUUUGUUCACCUUGAGGAAGAUGCUAAACUUGUCAUCAUCCUUGUCUAUGUUGAUGACCUCCUUAUCACAGGAAAUGAUGCUGAUAUGAUUCAAGAAGCUAAGACAAUCCUUCAUAAGAAAUUCAGAAUUAAGGACUUGGGCCUUUUGAAAUACUUCUUGGGGAUUGAAGUUAGCAGAUCCGGGAAAGGCAUAUUGAUAUACCAAAGGAAGUAUACAGUGGAACUAAUAGUAAAGGUGGGCUUAGCAGGGUCUAAACCUGCAAUCACUCCAAUGGAGCAAAACAAGAAGUUAACAACAGUAGAGUAUGGUACACACUGUAACUUGAAGGAUGAUCCAGCACUCACAGAUGUCAAAGGAUAUCAAAAGCUCAUAGGGAAGCUCUUAUAUUUGACAUUAACUAGGCCUGAUAUUGCAUACACAGUACAGACUUUAAGCCAAUUCAUGCAAGAUCCUAAGAAGUCACACUUAGAGGCAACACAUAGAUUGGUGAGAUACUUGAAGAAUUAA